AUGUCUUCCGUCGCGGGUGAGGUGGCCGCGACCAUCCAGGCCGCCCACAUCAGGACCGACCCAGACCCCAAGCUCGACAUUGCGCCCUCGACCGCUGCCGAGGAGAAGCAGCCCAUGACCCUCGAGGAGUCGACGAGGUUGAGCCAAGCCGACGACGCGCUGCAUCACGACGACGACGGCAUCGACCAAGACGACAUCCCCUACAGUGUCCUUCGGCCGACGCCGCGGAAGCGCAGCCUUCCUCCGCUGCCAGACCUCCGCUUCGAGCAGAGCUACCUCCACAGUAUCUCCAAUGCCGACGCUUGGUGGAAGGUGCUGCUCAUCACGGCCAGAGACCAGAUUGUGAUGCCCCUGGCACAGGGCUUGGUGUACAAUCUCCUCUUGUGCGGAUGGCAACAUUGGAAUCGAAAUGCCAGGCUGCACGGCAAUACUGCAGGUGCCAGGCUGAGGAGAUGGUGGUACGGUGUAAAUAACUGGACAGUGCCCCGCAAAAGGACAUGA